AUGAGUUACAAUAACCACCGUGGAGGAGGCGGUGGCUACUAUCAAGAAGAAGAUCGUCGUAACCAACAAUACAGAGGUGGAUCUCAAUACGAUCGAGAGCCUCAAUACGAUCAACGUCGUGGUGAUGACUAUCAUCGUGGAGAUCGUCACGGCGGAGGACAUUCGAACGGAGGAAACGGUGGAUACAACAAUGGCCGUGGAGGAUACCAUCAAGGUGGUAGAGACGACUAUCAACGUGGUGGUCGUGAUGAUCUCUCACAGAAGAUGGGACGAAUGAAUAUGAAUGGAGGUGGUAGAGGAGGACGUGGGGGAAAUAUGUAUUCCCAGAAUGGACCUCCUCGUCCACGUUUCGAAAGAAACACAGCUGGACUCGCCAAUCCUGGAGAUCUCGCCGGAUCUGCUCAUUUCCCACGAAUUCCUGUCGCCAAAAAAGAUCUGGAGCACAAUAAACAAGAGUUCUUCAAAAGACCGGAAGGAUCAGUUUAUGAGAAGAAAGUUGGCCAGAAGACGGAGCUCUGGACAAAUCACGCUCUCGUUCAUUUACCAUCGCAACCGUAUCUGAUCCACGAAUAUAAUAUUGAUGUGUAUCAGAACAGAAAGAAAUUGGAGAAACGAGAAGAUGCUGCUCCAGUAUUCCGUGAAAUCUGCGCAAAUGGAAAUGGACGAAGAAUGCUUCCGAGAUCUGCGGACUACAUCUUCAAUGAUGUGAAUUUGUUGUGGUCGAUCGAGAAACUUCCGAGUUCUCAAUCCACGGUCGGAGACAAGCGAAACUAUUUCGUUUACAAAUACACUCAGAGUUUCGAAUUCGGAGAGGGAAUUGCUCAGAGAGACAGUCAAUUUCUCUCCACACUCAUCGACGCCAUUGCAACCUCUCGUGUCAGAAAUCCAAAAAUGUGUCAGAACAAGUUCACAGUUUUCAAGAGAAGUAUGUUCAUGAUUCAAGAUGAGAAGUAUCGCGAGGACUUCGAUGAUGCUCCACUUUUCUUGAAACUCAGAAACGGAUUGGAUGCUCGAAUGGGAGUUUCAAUUGGUAUCAAGUUGAACCUCCGUGCUGGAAUCACCGCUUGUUAUGACUUGUCCCACACCAUGUUCACUCGUCCAAGUUAUCCACUGAUCCGUCUCUUCGUCGAACUUAUUGCUGGUGUGCCAAUCAGUGAUGAAGACUUCGAAGAUCAAUGGGAUAGUUUACUGAAAAGUGCAAAGGUCACUCAAGGCAAUCGUGAUAUGAUGAAGUCGAUUCUCCACAAGAUGAAACUGUGUUAUACUCUCGAGAGUGCAGUCGAAGUUGAUGAACUUGGAAAGGUGACGAAGAAUGGAUCUUUGGGAAACGCCAAGCAGGACAAAAAAGAUUUCAAAUUCUUCGAGGUGACAGAGAAAUCAGCAGAACAAUUGAUGUUCUUCGAUGAGGAAUUGGGAAGAAAUAUCUCGGUCGCCGAGUUCUUUUUGCUCAAGAGACGCAUCCGUCUCCGCUAUCCAAAUCUUCCUUGCAUCCAGAAGAAACCAACUAAAAUGAACAACAGGUUCAUUGCUUUCCCAAUGGAAUUCGUCACUCUUAUUGCUGAACCGAAGAGAUACGCAGGAUUGAGUACUCUGGAAAUGAAGUCUGAAAUGGUUCGAUGGACUACAUUCACUGCCAAACAACGACUUCUCGUUCUUCAACACAUUAUUGGACAAAAGAAGAUCACAGAUGUUCCACCUGUUGUUGACAAUAAUGAUAGAUACAUGUCGAGACAUGGAAUCACGAUUGAGAAGGAAAUGCUCUCGGUGAAAGCUUCAGUGCUCCCACCACCUACCGUAGUCUACGGAGGAAACGACAAAUUCACAGAUGUCCAUCAUGAAGGAGAAUGGGAAGCUGUUACUCACGAACCAAUUCGUAAAGUUCUGGAAGAUGCAGUGUACAGAAGAACAAAAGAUAAAUCUGCUCCAAAACUGAAAAAGCGAUUGUUGGGAUCGAUUUUGAAGAUUGGAUCCCCAUUCAACGACAAAGUUGCAAUUGAGAUUGAUGAUACCUGCUAUCACAACUUGAUGAGAGCAAUCGAAUCUGCUGGUCAACCGGUAUGCUGGGAGAACGAAGAUAUGGGACAAGCUGCCAUUCAAGGAAGCUCAGAAUUCCUUCAAGGAGUUCAGAAGCCAGCUGACAUCUACAAUUUCUUGCAUGAUCUCAUCUCCAAUAUCGAUGAGAAAUACAAGAAGAGUGACGAUGAAGUGAUUGUUCCCCUUGUCUUCGUGAUUUUUGAGCAGAGAUUCACAAAUAUCGUGAACAGCAGAAACUUGUUCCGUAACGACUACAAUCUGUUGAAGUAUCUCGCUGAUACUCAGUUGGGAGUGUUCACUCAAGGAAUGCUUUACAGCACAUUCAACACUAUUGGGUCAACACCAGCCACCUGCAAGUUCACUCGACUCAUUGUUGAGAAAGUUCUCGGAAAAGUUGGAACAACUCACCGUAAACUCGAAAGCGGAGGAACCCACAAGUCAUGGACGAAGGUUACCAAUCCAAAGGAGCCAACCUUGUUCCUUGGAGUCGACGUUUCGCAUCCAAGUACCCGAGAUCUCAAGGAUCCAGAAUCAGAUGUGAAGAAGAUGUCAGUGGCUACAGUCGUCGGAAACAUUGACAUUGAUUGCACCGAGUACCGUGCUUCCUCCAAAAUCCAAUCGGUCGGAGAAGAGAGAAUUGUCCGAUUCCAAGAUGAAAUCCAAACUCGUAUCGCAGACUUCACAAUGCACAACAGCAUCCGCCCAGCUCAUAUUGUGGUCUACAGAGAUGGACUUUCGGAGGGAGAUUUCCAGAGAACUCUCUAUGAAGAGAGAAUCGCAAUUGAAAAUGCUUGUAUCGCUCUGGACAUUGCUUACCAACCAUCAAUCACAUACAUUGUUGUCACCAAGAGACACCACACUCGAUUCUUCUUGAAAGACGAAUCAGAAGGAAUCGAAGAGCAAGGAUUCAAUGUCCGUCCUGGAACUCUGGUUGAGGAUACAGUCACAACCAACAACUACUACGACUUCUACCUCACAACUCAAGUCGGUCAAAUGGGAUUGGCUCGUCCAACUCACUACUACGUCCUUUGGAACACCUGGCCUGGAUGCCUUCCAACAUUCUGGCCAACUGUCACUCAUGCUCUCACUUACAUGUUCUGUAGAGCUACUUCAACAGUCGCUUUGCCAGCUCCAGUACUCUAUGCUCAUCUCGCUUCGAAACGCGCAAAGGAGACGAUGGAUGGAGCUAUCGAAGCACAUAGACUGAUGGGAAGAGCUUUCAAUAUGGAUGUGUACAGCGAUGUCGCUGAACUCACAAAGCAGAUUAACAACCACCCAGAACUCGAUGGAAUGGUCUUCGUUUAA